CGACGGUCACACCAGAAAUACAGCCAAACAAAACAACAAAAACCAUUGCGACCGCUAACAAAUAUAUAUCUUUCAACUUGACUCAUUCGCAUUCCGGUUGACUGUGUCGCGCCUGCAGCAUGUCUGAGAAGCCGACUGUUCUGAUUUUGGGUGGCUGCGGCUUCAUUGGACGCAACUUGGCCACUUAUCUGCUGGACAAUGAACUGGCGCAGGAAAUACGACUGGCCGAUAAGACGCCGCCGCAGAUGGCAUGGCUGAACGAGGAGCAGACGCGGGUCUUCGAGAGCGAUCGGGUGGAGUUCUGCAGCGCCAACCUCAUAAACGCCGCCUCUUGCAAGGCGGCUUUUGCGCCACACCCCACCACCGGCCGGGCCUGGGACAUCGUCAUCAAUUGUGCGGCCGAGACGCGUGCCAACCAGGAUGAUGCCGUCUACAAGGAGGGCAUCCUGAAGCUCAGCCUGAACUGUGCCAAUGAGGCGGCUAAUCAGCGGGCCAAACGGUACGUGGAACUCAGCUCCGGAUGUGUGAACAGCAGCGAGAAGACGCCGCUGAAAGAGGACUGCAAAUCGGAUCCGUGGACGGGCGUGGCCAAGCAGAAGCUGAAGGUGGAAAAGGAACUGGCCAACAUUGACGAUCUCAGCUACACGGUCGUCCGUUUGCCCGUGGUCUAUGGCAUUGGCGAUAAGCGCUAUUUGAUGCCGCGCAUUAUAAUCGCUGCCAUUUACAAAUACCUCAACGAGACAAUGAAGCUGCUGUGGAACGAUGCCAUGCGUUUGAAUACGGUGCACGUAUCGGACGUGUGCGCUGCCGUUUGGCAAUUGGCUCAGAGUCCCAAGACCGCCGGCCAGAUCUACAACAUUUGCGAUGAUUCAGCAUCGACGCAGGGCACCAUUAGUAAUCUUUUGGUGGAUAUUUUCGACAUUAAUUUGGACUUCUUCGGCCUUGUAAUGUCGAAUUUGGCAAAACUUUAUCCCACGGACACCGUCAGUGAAAUCAACGACAAGCACAUGGCACCCUGGGCCGAGAUAUGCCAGCGCAAUGGCAUCGACAACACUCCGCUGACACCCUACCUCGACGAGGAGCAGCUCCAGCACAAGCACCUAUACUUGGAUAACACGAAACUGAAAGACUUUGGCUACGUGCUGAAGCAUCCGAAAGUCACUCGCGAGCUGCUUAUGGAGAUGAUCAACGACUAUGUGAAGCAGCAAUUGUUUCCAAAAUCGUUGGUUCUUUGAUUCACUACUCCCAUCAGAAGAUUGCACAACGUUGACAUGCACUCGGACCCGGAGAUAUACUAUCCCAGUAGCUUGUAGUCCACUAGUUCUUUAAACACUUAUCAAUCCACUUCCAAUUUGUAUACGGAUUUGACACGGAUACUCUCGCAUGUACGCUGUGCUGUAUCUCCGUUUUUUAUUAUCACAAAAGUGUACUUAUAGUAUUAUAGUAGAACCCAUAUAUAUUUUUGAUACAUUCCAGUCGAUCCAGCGAUAUAUACGUUUUUGCGUACGAGUACAUUAUAAUUGAGACUAACAAUUUGUAUUCCAUUGUGAUUAGCUAAGUGACCAACUCCAUUCGACAAUUAAAAUGCACUUGUUUAGAGUUUA